AGUAACGGAGACCUACUCGUAUAUAUAGGAAGAGAUAGAGAGAGAUGUUCAUUUCUCACAAGCCACAACACCACCAAUCACACAAAAGAUCAGAGACUUGUAGAUCCUUCUUCUUCUCCUGCAAAUUCCUCUACCUGAAUCUUCCAAUUUCUGUAUAUCGAUCAUGAUCUCUGUUGUAAUCAUCGCUGAGUUACUAGUGGAGUACACGGCGGCUCUCGCGAAACUCACCGCCGGGAUUCUUCCAUCGAGACGGCGAGGCGAUAGCAACGUUGUACGGAUUGGUGGUUUCUCUCUGCCUUGUCCUUCUCCGUCGAGUACUAGUAGUCGAUCGUCGCCGAUUCCAGAUUUCUCUUCUCAUCUCGUUGAUUUCUGAUCUGUAGUAGACGAACAAAGAUUUUGAUUUCGGAUUUUCUUCUCUUUUUGAUCUAAUCGAAGAUUGGACGGCUGAGAUUUUUCCACGUUCUGGAUUUUGAAUCGUUUUGUAAAUCUGUAUCGAAAUUUAAUAGUAAUAGAGAUUAUAUGAUGUUUUGAUGGAA